UGAAAGUAUACACUUUUUUCCACAAUAUGUACAUGUGUGUGCGUGUUUGAAGUAGUGUACGCAGAAUUCCUUUUAGUUGAUUAAUCAAAUAUUUUCUUGUUACCGCAAUGUAAUUCUAAACCGUUUUCAACUAACAGUGUAUAAUAGAAUGUGAUUCAAGAUGCAUUGGUAAAGCUGGCUGUACCAUUGAUAAAAUAGCACAUCGCAUUUGCUCCGCCUCAACUCCCUAUGAAAAAAAACACCAUUUUGAAUUUUCUAUACAUAUAAAUUAGUGGUCGGAGGACUCGCACAUAAAGGAUGUUGCAACAAAUCUUCUGCCAGCAUGGCGCCGUAUACAUUUUGGAUGCCUUUUUUCUAUUACUGCAACUGCAUUCCGCAGUGGAUUGCAUCAAAGUUGAGCACGCAAAUACCCAUCCACAUUCGCAUCUGGAAGUGUACAACAAGCAGUUCCCAUCAAGUGAUAUAGUUGCUCAGUUUGCUCUUCCGCCAAUUGCCGGCGGCGUGGCUGGUGGAAUAUUUGACACAGGCGGCGGCGGCAGCUCCACCUCAACAUCGACAGAGGCAAACUUUGGCAAUCGGACGAACUCUGCCAACAGAUUGGGAAUUGGCGCUAAUAGUCAAUCGAAAAACUAUUUUACGCAUCUCACCUUUGAUUAUACGCACAACGUACUGUAUGCGGGCGCGACAAACAAGAUACUAAAGCUAAAUGAAAAUCUGCGCGUUCUCUCGGAGGCAGUCACUGGUCCCAAGCACGAUGCACCGCAAUGCCACGCCGGCGGCUGUCCGGAGGAUGUGGAAACGGUGCUGGUCAAUAACUUCAACAAGAUAUUGGUAGUUAGCUAUGCUCAUAACGACGGCAUUCUCAUCUCAUGUGGUAGCAUCCGACAAGGUGCUUGUGAGAUUUACAAUCUUUUGCGAUUCCCGGCGGCGCCGCAAUUUGUGGCCGUGCCAUUGGCCGCGAAUGACGAAUAUGCUUCCACGUAUGCGUUCGUUGGGCCCGCGCGUUAUUCGUGGAAAGAGGAGGAUAUACUCUAUGUGGGCACAACGUUCACCAACGUGGGUGACUAUCGGCAUGACGUGCCCGCGAUUUCGUCGCGCCGCCUCGACGAUCUAAACUAUGCUGAAUUCUCAAUACAGCAGUCGAUUAUUAACAUAGAUGUUAAAUAUCGUGAUCACUUUUUAGUUGAUUAUGUCUACGGAUUCAAUUCGUCAGAGUACGCAUACUUUGUUCUCGUGCAGAAGAAGUCGCACCUGGCCGAAGAGGCCGGCUAUGUGACGCGUCUGGCACGCAUCUGCAUUACGGAUCCCAACUAUGACAGCUAUACGGAGAUAACCAUACAGUGCACGGCCACAGACGAUCACACCGACUACAAUAUUUUGCGCGAUGCCAAGAUCACGCACGCCAGUCAAAAGCUGGCUUAUCAAAUGGGCAUUAAGCGAGAUGAUCAUGUGCUGGUCACGGUUUUUUCGCCAUCAAAAGAUAUAAGCGACCAGCCUGAGAAUAAGUCGGCCAUGUGCAUAUAUAGUCUCAAGGACAUUGAGGAUGUGUUCAUCGAGAAUAUACACAUGUGUUUCAAUGGCACGAUUAAGGAUCGAAAUCUGGGCUAUAUAUCGGGCACCAUCAACGAUGGCAGAUGCCCAAUUGUCGGCUCCUUGGGCAAUAUCUACAACUUUUGUAAUGUGGGACUGAAAAUAAGCGGAGUUGCCCCAAUAUCAGCACAUGCCCUAUUCCACUUUGAUAAUGUGUCCGUCACCUCGGUGACAGCGACAACAACGACCGAUCAACAGCAUUCGCUGGCGUUUCUUGGCACCGAAGCCGGCACCGUCAAGAAGGUGUUAUUAUCCGGUCAGAAUCCCGGCGAAUACGAGGAAAUCGUCGUGGACGCCGGCAGUCGCAUUCUGCCCAACACAAUGAUGUCGCCCAAAAAGGACUUUCUUUACGUUUUGUCGACGCGUAAAAUAACCAAAUUGCGCAUCGAGCAUUGCUCUGUCUAUUCGAAUUGCUCAGCCUGUCUGGAGUCGCGUGAUCCCUUCUGUGGCUGGUGCUCAUUAGAGAAGCGCUGCACAGUUCGCUCCACCUGCCAGCGGGAUACAUCUGCAUCGCGCUGGCUAUCGCUGGGCAGCGGGCAGCAGUGCAUCGAUUUCGAAUCUAUUGUGCCGGACAAAAUACCCAUCACGGAGCUGACCCAGGUGCAGCUGGUUAUACGCACCCUACCGGAGCCGUUCAAUGCCAAGUAUCGUUGUGUGUUUGGCAACUCGACGCCAAUCGAUGCCGAAAUACUGGAGCAUGGCUUGGCCUGCGCCACGCCGCCAAUAGAUCAGAGGCCGAGCAUUGCGGCCAAUAUGGAUCACAUAUUGGUACCGCUCUCGGUACGCAGCUCGGAGACCAACAAGGACUUUGUCUCGCGCUCCUUUGCCUUCUUUGACUGUUCGCAUCACGCCAACUGCCAGUCGUGCGUGCGCAGUUCUUGGGGCUGCAACUGGUGCAUAUUCGACAACAAAUGCGUCCACAAGUUGGAGCAAUGCCGCAACAUGGAGAACGCCAUCAGCGCAGAGGGCCAGUGUCCGCAUUUGAAGCGCAAUCGCCAGCCAAUAUUGCUGCCGGUUCGUGUACCCAAGGAGAUUCGUUUGGAGAUCGAGAAUCUGCCAAAGCCAAAGAGCGCUCACGCCGGUUAUUUGUGUACAAUUCAAAUCGAGGCAGCCCAAAUGCUUUUGCCGGCACACAUUGAGUCCAACAAGAUCGUCGUGUGCGAGAAGACGCCGUACUUCUACGAGACGAACACGCACGAGUACGAGGCCAAGGUGGAGAUCACAUGGAAUCGCCAACACUAUGUGGACACCGCUACCGUCAUAUUAUAUAAGUGCGAUGUACUUGGCUCGCAUCGCGAGCACGCCGAUUGCAGCUUGUGCGUCACACGGGAUCCCAAGUACCAGUGCGCCUGGUGCGGAAGCUCGUGUGUCUACAAUGAAACAUGUGCGGGAUCGGUUGGGCAUGGCUAUGAUACGGCCACGCUGGGUUCGGCUCUCCCGCUGCAGAACGAGUGUCCCCGUCCGCGGAUCGACAUCAUUAAACCCCUGUCCGGGCCGAUCGAGGGCGGCACUCUGGUGACCAUAGAGGGCAGCAAUUUGGGCAUACGCGAGGAGGAUGUGCGCGGCAAGAUCUCGAUUGGGACCGUGCCAUGCGACCUGGUCAACUAUCAGAUAUCCGUCAAGAUUGAGUGCCGCACGGGUGCAGCGCUGCACGAGAUGUCGGCGCCCAUCAAGGUGGCCAAUGAUGCCGGCUACACAGAGUCGAGUGUACAAUUUCACUUUAAAGAUGUACAGUUGACCGGCCUGUAUCCUACAGUUGGACCCAAAUCUGGCGGCACACAGUUGUCCUUGUUGGGCAAAUACCUGAACAUCGGCUCUAGCAUUCGGGCGUUCCUCGACGAAUACGAGUGCCAUAUCAAUGUGACGCAGGCCUCGUCUUCUCGCCUGUCGUGCAUAACGUCCGAAGCGACACAGCCGGAGCCAAUACGGUCUCUGCGCCUAGUUGUGGAUGGCGCCAAUCGUACCUUCACAUGCAAGAGUCCUGACUUUGGCCAGCAGCAGCUGAUAAGCACAUCGCGCAGCUAUUACGGGGCAUAUUACAAUAUGCCGCCGCCGCCGUGCUCGAUCUUUAACUACACACAAGAUCCGCGCAUAAUGCAAAUCAAGCCGCUCCGCAGCUUUGUCAGUGGCGGCCGCAUUCUGACCGUACAUGGCAUGUAUCUGGACUCCAUACAAAACCCGGAGCUGGAGGUGUUUUUUGAUAACGAACGCGUUAACAAAACUUCCUGCACUGUGAUCAAUUCAAGCCAAAUGGAGUGCCCGUCGCCGCCGGUCAAUCUGAAGUUCGAGUUGCUCAAAUCGGCGAUUGAAACCAGCUCCAAAUCGGAACAGGGGAAAGAUAAAUCCAAGCGCAAGCGUAAUGCCCUGUUUAAUGACAGCUUCAACAUUUACGCAACGGGCUCGACGGCCUCCAGUUACUUCGCCAGCAACAGCAUGGAUGUGGCUGCCUUUGUUAAGGUCCAUGAGACGCAGCUCAAUUUGCAGCUCAGCUUUGUCAUGGAUAAUGUGCAGUUGGUGCGCGACUUGAACAAGUAUUUUCAUGAUAUCAGGAGCACAAUUGUCUAUCUGACCGAUCCCAAGUAUCUGCCGUUUCCUAACAAUGGCAUUAAGCUCUAUAAGGGUGAUACUUUGGUUAUCGAGGGCGAGCUCCUGAAUUUAGCGGCCGAUGAGUACGAUGUGAAUGUAACCAUUGGCACUGCCCAGUGCAAUAUAACGAGCCUGGCUCUUACCCAGCUGCUGUGCAUUCCGCCGGAACAGCAGCCAUCCGCGACCGAUGAGAAUGGCGUCGAUCAGUCAACGGAUUUGCCGUUAGUCGUUGUCAAGGUUGGACGCAACUUGCGCUUUGUUAUCGGUUAUCUGAAAUAUGAUUUAAACAAACCCUAUGCGCUCUCCCAUGCCAUGCUGGGCAUCAUUUUAACCGUCGUCAGUCUAAUCAUUGUUCUGAUAGUUGUGCUGAUCAUGUUCAGGCGGAAGUCGACGCAGGCGGAGCGCGAAUACAAACGGAUACAGAUACAAAUGAUCACGUUGGAGAGCAAUGUCCGCUCCGAAUGUAAGCAGGCAUUCGCCGAACUACAAACGGAUAUGACGGAUUUGACGGCGGACCUGGAGAGCAGCGGCAUACCGACGCUCGAUCAUGUCAAUUACAUAAUGAAGGUAUUCUUUCCGGGCGUAUCGGAUCACCCCAUCUUGAAUUCGCCGAAAAUGCGCGGCAAUAGUCAGCACACAAAUUACGAUACCGCCAUGAUGCAAUUCGAGCAGCUGGUCAGCAAUAAAUAUUUCCUCUUAACCUUUAUCGAGACGCUUGAGGCGCAGCGAUCCUCCUUUUCGAUACGCGAUCGGGUUAAUGUCGCCUCCCUGCUGAUGAUAGUGCUUAUGAACAAAAUGGAGUAUGCAACGGAGAUAUUGAAAUGCCUUUUGUUGCGCCUCAUCGAGAAGUCGCUGGCCAGCAAACAUCCGCAGUUGAUGCUGCGCCGCACCGAGAGCGUGGUUGAAAAAAUGUUAACCAACUAUUUGGCGAUUUGUAUGUACGAUUAUCUUAAAGAAUAUGCGGGUUCCAGUCUCUUUCUGUUGUUCAAGGCCAUUAAGCAUCAGGUUGAGAAGGGUCUCGUCGAUGCCAUAACGCACGAUGCUCGAUAUUCGCUCUCGGAGGAACGUCUGCUGCACGAACAGGUCACACAUUCCGUUGUCAUAUUGCACAUCCUGCAAGAUGACCUGGACGAAAAGGUUCAGUGUCGCGUCAAUGACUGGGACACAAUAUCCCAGGUCAAACUGAAGAUUCUCGAUGCAAUUUUCAAAAAUACGCCGUUCUCGAUGCGGCCAUCCGUGCACGAAGUAGACCUCGAGUGGCGUCAUGGUCGCGGCGGUCAUUUAACCCUGCAGGACGAGGAUCUGACUACAAAAACCAUUAACGGCUGGAAGCGCCUUAAUACGUUGUCCCAUUACGGUGUCAAGGAGUCGGCCGUGAUGUCUCUCAUAGCCAGACAGAACGAUAGCUACAAUAUGCCUUACAGUAAGCAACAGGCGCCUUACCACAAUUUUUACUACAUCAACAACUCACAGAGUCACAUUAUAAUCAACAACGAUAUUGAAUCCGGUCUGCAGCAGCCGAGACUUUAUCAUUUGGUCAAGCCCAUAAUACCCGAUCACUAUAUGAAUAUCAAAAACUCUGCAAUGUCCGGAGUGCUAGCACCGGCGCAAGGCGGCACCCAUUGCAUUGUCAACGGCAGCGAGCGGGUCAAUAAGACCAUACCUGAGGUAUAUUUAACUCGCCUGCUGGCCACAAAGGGCACAAUUCAGAAAUUCGUCGAUGAUUUCUUCUCCAUAAUACUGACCGUGAAUGAGGAGCUGCCGCCAGCAGUUAAAUGGCUUUUUGAUCUGCUCGAUGAGGCGGCCAGACGUCAUAAUAUUGCCGAAACGGAUAUAUUGCAUGCCUGGAAGUCGAAUAGUUUGCCGCUACGAUUUUGGGUUAACUUUAUUAAGAAUCCAGAUUUCAUUUUCGAUGUUAACAAAACCUACUCUGUGGAUUCUUGCCUGAGUGUCAUAGCGCAGACUUUUAUGGACGCCUGUUCGACAGCAGAGCAUCGACUGGGCAAGGACUCGCCAUCCAACAAGCUGCUGUUUGCAAAAGAUAUUCCGAACUAUAGAACAAUGGUUAAGGAAUUUUACAGGGACGUGGCAAGGCUACCCCAAAUCAGUGACCAGGAAAUGAGCACGGCCAUGCAGCAAUUGUCCGUACAACAGAAUGAAGAAUUUGACACAAUUUCCGCACUGAAAGAGCUGUACAUUUAUAUAACAAAGUACAGAGAACAGAUAAUGGACGCUUUGGAUUCGGAUCCAAAUUGUAAAAAGAUGCAUCUGUCUAGCAAACUGGAAAGUGUGGCUUGUACACUCGACGGCGAGGAUACGUCAAACUGCUGACAAGAAUGUGCGUUCCAUUAUGUGAUCAACAACGCUGCUGCCCUGAUUUUUAUCAUUUCAAGCAUCCCAAUUUCAAUUCGAAAACGAUUCGUUUUGGGCUAUUGUGCAAAGAACCUACAAACAACUACUCUAUCAAGUGCCAACUCGAGCAACAAAACAUGCCGCAUAUUUUAAUUUCAUCGCGUUGUUUCUGGUAUAUAUAUUCCGACAAGAAGACGUUAUAUAGAAAAAUGAUGGCAUCCUUUUGCACUAAUCAUUUCGUUAUGAAUCCCCACAUAACCAAAAGCAAAAUCUCAAUCCAUAACCAAAAGAUUUUAAGGAAACCUUCUUGGUUUUGUGACAAGAUUAUUCUAACUAAACCUAACCUUUGAUUCUAAUUGACGAAGUGAUUUAUAAUAUAAAAAAGAUAUUUUCAUUCCCCGUUUGAUCCACGAUACUUAAAUUUUUUAUCGCUUCACGAUUAAAUUGGGUUUUUUAGACUUGCAGAUUGAAAAUCUGCUAUUUGUUUUAUGUGGUCAUAUAUAUUAUAUAAGUAAAAGCACGCGUGUAGAUAUAAAUUAAAUAUAGAUAUUUAAGGUAUUGUCGGUAUUCUCAAGGAGUUAUUAUAAAGUAAAAUAAUGUACGAAUAAAAGUACAUCCUUAAUCUUAAUUAUAUUCCGACAUAUUUGGUUUAUUCUGUUUUUUUUUUUUUAGAUCGAAAAAAAUCAUAUUAGUUACUAAGUACAAUGUAUGCAUUUCAUCGAUAUAUAUGCUAUGACUGAAUUGUACAAAAAAUUAAAAGAAAAGAAAAACAAUUAAUUGCAUUUACUUUAUAUUUAUAUUACGUUAAGAUAAAAAUCAUAUGCGUUUAAAGAUAGAUUAUUUCAAUAUUAACAACUAGAUAGUAACUUAAUAUAUGCAAUUCAAGCUUCCGAAAUGUUUUGAACGAAGUGAAUUCUAGAUUUUUACUAAAUGUCGGUUCUUUAAUUGUUCUUUAUUUUUGGCAAGCCGAAACAAGUAAUUUGUACACUUCUACAACUUGUUUUCAAGAAUGUUUUAAGUAUUAUAUUUGGUAUAGGCUGCUUUAAUUCGGCUCAAGAACGAGCUUUGUAUUUUAGAACAUGUGAUAUAUGAUGUAUUAAGUAUUCGUACAAGUUAACUAAGCAAAACUCAUAUGGAAGGGCUUUAUUUUUGAACGCCUACAAACAAAA